AACCACUUGGCUGUGAACCACUUGGCUGUGAACCACUUGGCUGUGUCUGGAAAGCUUCAACGUGUUGCGAUUGGUCGAUCCUUACCAGUUUUGUCAAGUCAUCGGCGGAGAAAGUUCCACGAAGGAAGACACAACAGCACCUGCGGUGGGAAUGCGACGUCCGCUCGCCGGCUAGACAAGGGAUACUAGUCAGCUGCGGAGCCGAGAAUCUAGUCCUUACUCAUAGGCAAGGCAACCAUUACAACCGGUACGUAACGCGCGGCCCAGGAUGAGCAAAUACCGCUUCUCCAUGCCGAUGCCAGUGCUACCUGGGCCCAUGCUGCAGCUGCACCUGGCCCCUCUGCCGUGCUGUGUGUGCCCGCCGGCUAAAACAAUUCGACCGCGGCGCCGCGGGGCCCGGUGCCGUGGCGUGGCGAGUGCGACGCUGGAGCCAGCGGCCCGCUUACGACUGGGCCUCAUCGUCGGCGACGAUACGGCGCAGCCGCGCUGGAUCCCUACGAGCGCGAACGUUUCACGCACCCUCCAGGCGUCGCUGACCAUCUUCUACGUCGUGCUGUGCCAGCCGACUCCUCGCAGCUACCGCGCCUUCCCGACCCUCCUGACAGAUAUCCGCGCGUUCGUGUGCACCAUCUUUGACGGCUACGCCCACGAGAAGACGCACUACAGCCUCCACGCCGCAAUUACAGGAGUACCGCUCUAG